UGUGAGACUCCAAGAAAAUGGCUGAGGCUGGUAUGUCGACAGAUCAGGAUCGGUUCAGCUGUCCAGUGUGUCUGGAACUCCUAAAGGAUCCAGUGACUACUCCCUGUGGCCACAAUUUCUGUAAGAUGUGUAUUAAUGGCUUCUGGGAUAAAGAAGAUCAGAAGGGCAUCUACAGCUGUCCUCAGUGUAGAGAGACUUUCACUAAAAGGCCUGUUCUACGCAGGAACAACAUGCUGGCUGAAGUGGUGGAGGAGCUGAAGAAGACUGAACUCCAAGCUGUUUCUCCUGCUCGCUGUUACGCUGGACCUGAUGUGGAAUGUGAUUCUUGCACUGGGAGAAAACGCAAAGCUCUCAGGACAUGUCUGGUUUGUUUGGCCUCCUAUUGUGAAGAUCAUCUUCAACCUCACUAUCAGUCUCCUGCCUUCAAGAAGCACAAGUUGGUUGAACCCUGUGCAGAGCUCCAAGAGAAGAUCUGCUCUGAACAUGACAAACUACUGGGGAUCUACUGUCAUACUGACCAAAGCUUCAUCUGUUACUUGUGUACAUUAGAAGAACACAAAGGUCACAAUACUGUCUCAACUGAAGCAGAAAGAACUGAAAAACAGAAUGAGCUAAAGAAGGAGCAGAUGAAAUCCCAACAGAGGAUCCAGGAAAAGCAAAAGAAGGUGAAGGAGCUGAAACAGACUGUAGACAUCAUUAAGAGGCGUUCACAGGAAGCAGCAUUUGACAGUGAGAGGAUUUUCAAUGAGCUGAUCAGCUCUAUGGAGAAAAAGCGCUUGGAGGUGAUGGAGCUGAUCAGAGCUCAGGAGAAAGCUGAUCUGAGUCGAGCUGAACAACUCCUGAAUCAACUGGAGCAGGAGAUUGCUGAUCUUAAUAGGAAAGUCACUGAGAUGGAGCAGCUUUCACACACACACAAUGACAUCCACUUCCUCCAGAGUUUCCCGUCUCUCUGUGUUUCUCCUGGAUGUGACGACUCACUCAGCUUCACUGUCAAUCAACAUCUCUCAUUUGAUGGAGUGAGGAAAUCUCUCUCAGAUCUGAAAAAACAAGUCGAGCAAAUCUGUGAGAAGAAAGUCAAAAACGUCUGUCUAGAAGCUGCAACAAUCCAGAUGAUUUUACCCUCAGAACUAAAGAGCAGAGAAGAUUUUUUGCAGUAUUUCCGUUAUCUGACUCUGGAUCCAAACACAGCACAUCGUGAGCUAAUUCUGUCUGAGAAGAACAGAGUUGUGACAUGGAGUAGGACAAAACAACAAUACUCUGAUCAUCCAGAGAGAUUUGACUCUUGUCCUCAGGUGUUGUGUAAGGAGAGUGUGUGUGGACGCUGUUACUGGGAGGUGGAGAGGAGAGGUGUUGUGUCCAUAUCAGUCUCAUAUAAGAUAAGCAGGAAAGUAGAAGGUAAUGAGUGUUUGUUUGGAUACAACAAUCAGUCUUGGAGUCUGCGGUGUUCUUCUUCCUCUGUCUUUUUCAUGCACAACAACAUUGAGACUGACCUCCAAGGUCCAGUGACCUCCAGAAUAGGAGUGUAUGUGGAUCACAGUGCAGGAACUCUGUCCUUCUACAGCGUCUCUGAUGUGAUGAGGCUACUUCACAGAGUCCACACCACAUUCACUCAGCCGCUAUACCCUGGAUUCUGGAUACGGAGCUAUGAUUCACAUAUUUCUUUGUGUGAUCCAAAAUAAGUAUGUACGAAAAAAAUGUGGGUUUCUUUUGCGUUUCUUUGUGAAUAAUAAAACUCUCAAACUGCUGCAUUCUCAAAAUGCUGCUGUUAUUUUGUGUUUUGCUGCCAGUAGACUUUAAAUUACAUUUUUUUAAAGACUACAGUGAUAUAGAAAUUGCUGAAUUCAUAAAUCAGUUGCUCAAAAGUUUCAGUUUAAACAAUUGAAUCUUUUAAAAUUGAACAACUGACAAUAAUACAGUAUGUUAUUAUAACAUCUUUACUGGUUACUUCCUCUCCGGCCCGCCCUCAGGGACCCCUCACCUGAGAACUGAAUCAGCUUAUGGUCAAGAUGCACUUCCUGUUUUAAGGACAUUUAAGCCUUACUCAUGACAUUAUUGGUGCAAAGUUUUAUUAGUGUUAGCCCUGCAUACCCAGCUGCUUAUUGCUUUUUCUCUCUAAGGAUUUCCAUGUGUGUUUGAUCUUGUUUUGUUUAUUCGUUUGUCAGAUUUGUUUGCCACGUGACUGUUGAGCACUAUUGUGUUUUGGAUUAUUUCCUGUUCUUUGCCCCUUUUCUCCCUUGCUAUUUUGGAUUUUGCUUGCUUUUUGAAUUGUAUUAAACUCAGAUAUUUAUAGGAA